AUGAUCAAGACGCUCGAUCUCAAACGCCGCUUCUCUCUACGUAGCAGCACCUCGCUGCGGCGGCCAGGCCGUCCAAAGACGGCGCAGGACUCGACGGAAUCGUCGAUCGCCAGCAGCCAGGACAGUGUGGGCCCCUCGUUUGCCGCGACGGGCAUCGCCGCUGUGUUUGCCGUGCCGCCCACGGGGCUGCCGCGCAGGUUCCGCCGCCACUCGACAUCGACGCGACACACGCCAGACCGUUUCACCCUGGGCGAGGUCGAGGAGGUCGCCCCGUCAGAGGGCGCCGAAGCUGCUUCGAGCGCCGCCACGCGACCAGUCGCCGUACACGUCUACCCGGACGGCGCCCGGUGCACCCACCCGUUCCGGGAUCUGCAGGAUCCUACCAGCCCACACAAGGUGCCCUCGCUGGGACUGCGCUAUCGCCUCGAGGAGGGGCCGGCAUUGAGCGACGAGGAAGAGGAGCGGCUCAGGGACGACUUGACCCGCCAGAUCAUGCACCAGCAACCCGACGCCUACCGCCCGCAGUACGCCUUCCACUCCUCGCUCGACGGCAGGCGCCACGUCGACCUCAUCUUCCCGCGCCCCUCGGCAUUCGAGCAGGCACGCAAGCUCGUCCUGACGCACCACGACCGUCCCCUACCCCUCGUCGCGACCGGAUCGCCCCUGUCCAAGUACCUGCACGUCCUCAAGCUGACCAACCUGACGGGCUUCUGCCAGUACAGCACCCUCUUUGCCGUCCUAACGGCUUCGCUGGAACCCUACUUCAGGAUCGACCACAUGUGGGGCAUGUACCAGCUUCGCAGCCGCGACAACCGCCGCGAGUUCGACGGCCAGGUCACCAUCCUCGGCCACUACCAGCAUGGGUGUGGGCCCAGGAACCUGCCCGGCUGGAUCAACUACCAGUCGGUCGACUGCAAGCUCUGGUACGACGGCCGGCCGGACUGGUGCACCUACUGCAAGAUUCGCGGGCCCGCUCGGCCUCACCUCAACAGCGAGUGCACCCAGAGGCUCCUGUGUACCGUCUGCAACGAGUGGGGCCACCCGCCGACCAAGUGCGUCCUCGUCGCUGCCUCGACCAACGCGCCAGAGUCGAGGCGAUGA